AUGCACGGCUGGAGGAUGGAUGCUAGCAGCGGGACGGGGUGCGCCUGUGUCUGCCCAUCCCCAGCAGCGCUGUCCCCGCAGGGAUGCUCGCCUCUUGCCUCCUCGGCCCGCUGCAGGGCGCAGACUAGCUCAGCCCUAACGGUUCUGCCCUUGUCCCGUAGCUCUGCUCCUUUCUGGAGGCCGUGGGUGGCCGCGCCAGGCGAGGCGCCACUCCGCCCCUGCGGGCUGGCGGAAGCCUCCCGAAAGCUGGCGCAGUACAAGCACCCCGUCAGACUAUUUUGGCCCAAAUCAAGGUGCUAUGAUUACUUAUAUCAGGAAGCCGAAGCACUUCUGAAAAACUUUCCAGUUCAAGCUACAAUUUCCUUUUAUGAAGACUCGGAUAGUGAAGAUGAUGAACUGGAGCAAGAUUUAAGAAUAGCAUCAGAUUGCUGA